AUGACAAAACCUUCGCCGUCCUUAGAGCCGUCAUCGUCAUCCUUGUCAGUACCACCACCUUUGCCAACAAAAGAUUUAGUGAGAGAGGAUCACCAUAGAAACAUUUCAUCCACACCACCACCAUCGCUACUGACUCUUACAAAUUCUACCCAUCAUGGCAACUCCUCGGAAUCGUCAUCGGAAUUGCGAUUUGUUCCUUCAUCGGAUGCUUCUUCCAUCAUUUCAAUCAAUACUUUCAACGAGACCUCGUCAUCAACAACCACCACAGCAUCGUCCAAUCCUUCUCGUCCUUCUCCUUCUCCUCCUCCUCCUCCUCCAUCCUUUGAAAUUACAUGGCAAAAUUUAGACAAGUUCAAAUAUUAUUCAAUUGGACUGGCAGCAACAAGUACAACACUCGGACUCUUUUAUCCCUUUGAUUUGAUUAAAACUCAUCAACAAAUGAAUAGUGGAAGCUCCAUCAAACAAAUUUCUAUUUUCAAAAAUUUAUGGAAAAAUUAUGGCUUGAGAGGUUUAUAUAAGGGAUUUGCAAUUUCCUUGUUGGGAGCAUGUUCGAUUGAAAGUCUCUACAUGUCUACCUAUGAAAUUGCUAAUCAAGAAUAUUUAAAUAGAAAUACGAGUGCUAGUGGUGGUAAUGGUGAUGAUGAGAUGUUGAACUCCUCUGAAGCUCACCCAACAACGAAUAAGGAAAGUGAUAGUAAGAGUUUUAAUCGAUACUUUUUGGCUGGUCUCUCGGCAGAUAUUAUUGCCAAUACGUUGGUUGUUCCUUUUGACGUCAUUUCACAACGUAUGAUGAUAUCCAAAGUUCACAAUUUAUCAUCUAUUCACAUUAUUAGAGAUAUUUUGAAAAAAGAAGGUUUCAGAGGCCUCUAUAGAGGUUACACGUGGUCUUUGUGUAAAUUUGCUCCAGAAUCUGCUUUGUGGUGGGGAAUUUAUGGUCUAUUGAGGAAGAAGUAUUUUGAAAAUUUUGUAAUUGAGGAAUCUCAAAGGCAUGGCAAUUCAUUAAUCAAACAUCAACUAUUCUCUUCGGCUGUCUCUGGAAUAUUGGCAGGCGUCGCUUGUGCUAUUGUGUUUAAUCCAUUGGACGUCAUCAAAACUCGACUUCAAACAUUUGAACAGAAAAUGACCUUUAAGCAAGUCAUUACAGAGCUACAUCGGAGUGAUGGAUUAGUGAAAGGACUUUCGAAAGGAAUCCUUCCGAACAUUAUUUUCAUGGCUAGUACGUCUUCUCUUUCCAUCACCGUUUAUGAAUUGGUCAAGAUUUUAUCAAAAACAAGUUAA